AAACACGGUGGCCACGAACGAGACUUCACAAAGCGAAAACCCUAAUAGAUCUAGAAAUCUAUAAAACCCUAGAAAACACCAAGCUGUAAGCCCGCCUAGCAACUUCCUCUCUAGGCAUAUCGCUACCACCUCCAUCCCAACAUGGUCUGCUCUAACUGUUUGAUCAAGUGGAUACCUCUGAUUAAUUUAAUAACUCUAGCAUUAUAGAACAUAGAAAAUGAGAGAGCAAGUAGGUCACUGUGACAUCUGUUCAAGAACAUUUUCAUCUUUUCAAAGAUUACAAAAACAUUGGAACAAAACGCACACAGAAGAGCAAGCCAUAAACUGUUGUUUUUGUGAUUUUAUAGUUGCAGAGGAGCCGUUGUUUGCUAAACAUAAAAAAGAAUUUCAUCCAAACUAUCGGAUGGUGUGUGAGUUUUGUGCUUUUACCACCAGGAAAUGGAGCAAGCUGAAAAAACAUCACACAGAAGUUCAUGUGGCUUUGUAUAAAGAAAACAUUGCUACUUGUUUACAUAAUGACAACUUUAAAAAUAAAUCUGUGAUAUCUUCAUGUAAAUACCCAACAGAUUACAGAUCCACUUCUUCAACUUGUGGAAAUUUUGAAGUCAAGUGCUUAAUACAGAAGGAGAAAGAAAAUGUAUCAUCAACUAAUGAAAAGACAGCUGAGCUUUACCACAAUAAAUUCAAAACAUGUGACGAAUUGCAGUUAAAUCAAGAACAUAAAUUAAACAUACCUCAAAAGUCACAAAGUUUAACUUGGCAAAAAUGUGAAUGUGCUCUGGAGAAUUGUAAAGCUUGUCAACUUCCCCAUAAUGAUAAAGAGAUAGUCAGCGAGCCUCUAGCUGAGAUUUCUGUGUGUGAUAUUUGCCAAAAAAGUUUUAAAUCCGUAUCUCAUUUGACUUCUCAUAAACUUGUGCACACUCCAAUGCAAUGUUACAUAUGUUGCCACUGUGAUAGACAUUUUAGCAUCGCUAAAGAGUAUGAUCUACACUUAACAACACAUUUUAGGUAUAAACCAUUUAAAUGUGAACUUUGUGAAAAAUGCUAUGCAGAUAAACAAUACCUAAAAGCUCACAUUAGAUUGCAUAAUGGAGAAUCAAUUCACAAAUGUGAGAAAUCCAAUUACGUAACACCUCAUCUGUCUACUUUCAAGAAACACCAACUUAUUCAUUCAAAUCCUCAAGCAGACAAAUGUGUUGAAAAAUUGCACACUUGUGAUAUUUGCCAAAAAUGUUUUUAUUCUUUAGAUCACUUUUUAUCUCAACUGGUACAUAUACCUACCAAGCUUUAUAUAUGUGGUCAUUGCGACAGAGGAUUUAACUUUCCUGAUGAUUAUGAUCUACACCUGACAAAAACACAUUAUAAAUAUAAGCCUUUUAAAUGUACAUUAUGUGAGAAAUCUUUCACCAAGAAAGGAACAUUAAGAGUUCAUACAAGCAAACACACAAUGGAUUUACUGUUUAAAUGCUCUAAAUGUGAAUACACAACUAACAAAAAAACUCCAUUCUCAGUUCACCAGAGAAACUACAUGAAUACAAAACCUUACAAAUGCAAUGCUUGUGACUAUUCAACUGCUUCUGAAGGUACUCUAGUAAACCAUUUAAGGAUUCACUCUGGUGAGAAGCCUUUUUGUUGCAACCUACGUGAUAAAAGAUUUAGUAGGCGUUUACAUUUACUCUCCCACAAACGGCAUAUCCAUCUAAUUUAAUGGUUCCACUGACGACACACUAUGCAUAGGCUAAUACUGCUGUGCCUGAAGAAAUGAAAAUUUAUGCUGCAAAUUUUUAUUUUUCUUUUAUUUUGACAUCAUUAUUAAAACACUGGUGCUUUUUGCAUGCCACUAAUU